AUGAGAUGUGGACUCUGUGCUUCGGUUCUACAACCAUUGGUUUGGUUUCUGAUUGCCAAAGUUUCAACUCACGAAGAUCUGGGGAUUCCGAUUGAGCUUAUACGCAAUCCAGACAUUCUCACCGACCGAGCCGGCUCUACCAUCGAAUUCCAUCAACUAGCGUGCCCAGAGGACAGCGAGCGGAGAGCGUUUGCGAGCACCGAGGCUCUCCCACUAUUUCCCGUCACUCCUGGGGAACUAAGCACCAACAAGAAACGGGUGCCGGGCAUUCUUGCUCGCGAGGAAGAUCAUCUUGUGACAAAGCGUCGAACAUUUACCGAAACCCGCAAAGAUGAUGAUGGCGACAAUGAACCUUACACAAGCUCCACCUUCCCAGCGCGGGCAACCUUCCGGUUUGAUAAGCCCAGUCUAGCUUUAGAAGAAGACCACCAAAUGCCAGCCACGGUGUCUCCGAACAGCCUACCACCAGCGGCGCCUGAUAUGAAUUCGAAUAUAGCGGAGACUCUUCUCAGUGAAAUCCGAAGAACUAAGCUGAUUCCUAGCGGUAGCACGAAUCAUAUAUUAGCUAAGGGUUUUUCUCAUUCGGACGCGUCUCCGAUGCAUCCGUAUAAUAAGAAGGUCGCAAGUGCCGCAGCAACCUCCACAGGGACAGGAAAUCAACAGAAGGAAUUCUGGCAAGCCUUGUCGAAGCAAACUCGCGAUUGGAACCCACCCGUGAUCAGCCAGACUGCUGCUCUGGCUACCCAUUUCAUGGCGAUUGAAUUUCAGCAAGCACUAUCGAAUAUUGCCUGCAACAGUGAAUUGAACGAAUUACACCAAACUCAUCGGAUCAUGAUUCCGUUCGUUUACAAACUGAUGAUGAAACCAUUGAACACCGAGAACUGGUCACUAAUCCUGUUGAUCUGGCGUAACCUUUGGCAUGAGGAAGAAGAGAGCAUCGAAACUGAUGUCGAUCGGACUAGACGGGCGAGCCGCGAGGAAGUCUUGAAAAAGUUCCUCUGGAUCUCGGAUUUUAUCAGCGAAGCAACGAUCCCUGAAUUGUUUAGGGAUGUCGCGUCGAAAUAUGGGAAUGGAAGUACUGUUACUAAAGCAAAACAUGUGUUCCAUCUCUCGAAUCAUGAAUCGAGGAUGGUCAAACUGUUAUCAGAUGGAAGAACGCCACUAAGAGAUCUGAGUAAAAAUCAACUACAAGCAAUCGACUACCUCAAGGGUAUACGCGCUCAGGAAUCCGAAUCCGGGAACGCCAACUCGAACAUCGAAUCCACGGAUUCAGAACCUGCGCCCUGGAUGUGGGUCCUCGACAGAUUGAAGGACAAAGCCCUCCCGAUCACUCCGGAGCCAUCGAAGAUUGAGGGCAUGGAAAAGAGGCUGUCGAAGGAAGGGAAGUGGGAGAUGAUGCGGGAGAAUGUGUGGGAUAAAGUGUAUUGUCGGGCGACUGUACUUGGGCCGGAAGCGUGCCAGUAUCUGAUCAAAUACCCACCUAGCCUCAAGAAAAAGAUCGAUCAUCUCUUCAACAUCCUCCUCCAUCAUCAUCAUCCUCCAGAGUUCCCGGUCUCUUCAGUGCCUUAUCUCCGGCUGGAUUAUCUGAUCUCCCAGUUUGAUCACCACUUCGGAAGGGCUAGUGUUCCUAUGGCAAACAGAAACUUUCUAUCGGACAGAAUCCAUCAAUGGUUUGAUGAGAAAUUCAAAAAACUCCUCCAAAAGCAAUCAUCCGUAUCAUAAAUUGACACAAUCGUCUUGAUUAUAUAUAACCAC